AUGGAGGAACAAUUGGCCAAAAUGGAUUUGAAUUCGAAUCCCGAAGCUGAAGCUGAAGUCCAAGCCGAAGAUGAUUUUGGCUGGUAUAGUAUUCCGCUGGAAAUGAGAGAAAUGGUGUUGGAGAAGAUGACAACUGAUACAAAACGUCUGUUCUCAAUGUGCUCCAAAGAUUGUUUGAAGAAGGUUAGAAGAUCGAAGAAUUUCCUCAAGAAGAUCUUAUUGUUCUGGACCGAAUCGAUUGUUGAGAUGGAAGUUUCGAUUGGCGACGAGUUUCAUGUUGUAUUCAAGUUUUCUCAAAUCAUUGAGCAGGUGACAGGAUAUUCGAUUUUUGGACCGAAAUAUCACAAAACUUUCAUGGUUGAUGGAGAUGUUCAUAGUAUUGGUCUUGAAUAUUUUCAAAAGUUUAUUGAAGAUGCAAUUCAUCUCGAAAAUCUUGAAUUGGAAGUGGUGAGCAAAUUAUUUGUAAUUUAUUUUUCAAGAAUAAUAAUAAUAAUAUAUAUAAUUUAGGAUAACUUCCCAUUCGAUAAACUUAACAUUCAUCAUCUGAAGAAGCUAAAAAAUCUGAGAAUCGAGAAAGCUGACAAUACUGAAGAGGAUUUUAUUGAUCCGUUCAAAGCUGGUUUCUUGAAAUUCGCGCAAGUUUCCACAAUUGAAAAUAGUAUUCGAAUUGAGAAUUGUCAAAUUUUGAAUUUCGCGCAAGUUUGUGAAUUGAAAGCGGGUUUUAUUUGCUUGAAAAAUCUUCGUUUAUCAACUGAGAAUUUCGAACAAUAUUUGAAAUUGUGGAAAAAUGGAGAACUUGGGGAGAAUAUUUUAACAGUUUUCAUGCAAACAACAGAAAAAAUCAAUCGAGCAGAGGUUUUCAGAGAUUUGGAAACUAUUGGCAAGCAUGAGAAGUGAGUUUUGGGUUUGAAGAAUUUUAAUUCUUUAAAUGAAUAAGUAUAUUUAGCUACGAUGGAAAGAUCUGGUUGAAACUUCGAAAUUUGGCUGGAGAAACUGCGGAAGUUUCGGUGUCUGGCAAUUCGGUGUGUUUGACAAUAUUGGAUGACGAGGACGCUGGACGAUUUUCUUGA